CAGCUGCAGACGACGACAAGCAAGACGAACAAGACGAGCAAGACGAAAGGGAGGUGCGCUUUUUGAGCUCGUGCCACAAUGAACGGCAGCGUCAUGAACGAGGAAGGCGCGGCCGAGAUGCUGCGGCGCUUGGCAGACGGUGAGGUGGUGGUGCGGCAAACAGGGACAGCAACGUGGCUGCUCGGCAGCAUUGAUCCCACCACUUUCGCUGCAACGGCCCCAGGGGCGCCUUCCCUGCGCGAUUUGCAGGACGCGCCGUCCGAGCUUGUCGAGACAUUGCAGCAGCGACUGCAGGAGCUGACGCACGGCGUGGACUUCACUCAAUUGGGUCUUGGCGACGCAGUGCAGGCGCACCCACCACCGCCCGCCACAGCACAAACCAAUGACAGCGCAACAUCAGCAUCAGCAUCAGCGUCGGCGUCAGACAACUCCAGAGGCAAAACAGGCGCGAAAGCAACGGACAAAGGUAAAGCACAGCAGGACCAGCAGCAACACAAGGCGAACAAAGGUGGCUCUGAUCAACAACAGCCGGCAGCGACAGUGGCAGACGCAAAGCAAUCAGCGUCGCCACCGCCGCCAGGGUCAUCCACACCAGCUUUGGCUGCCGGUGCUUCGCAAACUGCAUCGGGACCCACCAACAUGGACGCAGCAGACCCGCUCCCGCCCGCUGUGUACUCGCUCUCACCAGAGGAUGAUGGCAUGCGCGUGUUCCUGUACAAUGAGCCCAUCACAAACGACCCAUCCUGCAAGCCGCCCCCACCCUGUGGCUGCAUCACGGAGCCGUGCCUCAACUGCGGCCGCGAACUCUGCGAGCCAGACUGUCCGAAUGCGGCUGAGCUCGGACACUUUGUGGACGUGUGCGAGAACGGGUGCACGCGCGUGGAGUGCACAGAGUGCGGCAGCGAGAGCAAUUUCCGCGUGUGCGCAUACUGCGACACGUCGACAUGCACGGGCUGCUACGACCCGCUGGACGAUUUUCCGCUUGUGGAGCCGUGCGAGGACCGCGUGAACAUCAGCUUCUACUCGUGCGACGAGUGCCAGCACACCAUCUGCGCAACGUGCUGGUGGAUUGAGGCCCAGGACGAACAGGAGGUGAUUGCGCGGUGCGGGCGGUGCGCGAAGCUGCUGUGCUACAAGUGCCGCCAACGCAACGACACCAACGGCUACCAGACGAUCAUGCCAGAGUGCUGGGAGUGCGGCAAGAGCUUCUGUGAGGACUGCAAGUCGCAGUGCUUUGUCGUCUGCCAGAAGAAGGGGCAGGGCACCAUCUGUGAUUUUGUGUGCAUUGACUGCCGCGGGCAUGCGUGUCGCAAGUGCAACCAGGUGCUUGACAGGCAGGCGCGUGCGAAGCUCCACGCCAAGCAGAAGGCGCGCAGCAAAGCGCUCACAGAGGGCAAGGUCCGCAUCUACGCCCCCGCGUUUGGGCGCCACCGCUCGCAGGUGGCGUCCAGCCUUGGCGAGGCAGCAGCCAAGCGCCGUGGUGGCGGCGGCAGUGGUAAUGGUGGCAGUGGCAGUGGUCACGGUGGCGGUGGUGGCGGUGGUCACGGGGACGUACCGCGAUCAGAGGCGCAGCACCAGCGGGAAUUGGCGGCACAGGCGGCGCUGGCAGAGGCACAGGCAGAGGCGCUGAUUCGAGAGGAGCAGGCAGCCAAGCAGCGGGCAGCGCGACGCAAGGCAAAGAAGAAGGGCGGUGGGAAGAAGAAGAAGGGGGGUGGUGGUGGUGGUGCGAAUGGUGGUGAUGAGAGGAAGGAGAAGGAGAAGGAAGGCAGUGUGAGCGGUGACAAAGGCAAGGGUAAGAAGGAAGGGAAGAAGGGUGGGAAGCAGAGCGGAGGCAAGGCGGAGGCAAAGAACCGGCAAUCAUCAUCGUCGCCACCAGCAGCAGACGCAGCUGCUGGCAGUGAGGGCAAGAAGCAGGCGAAGAAGGCGAACGCCAAUGCAGCCGCACCAACACAGGAGAAGCAGCAGAAGCAGGACGGGGGUGACAGCAACGGCAGCAGCAACGGCAGAGCAGCGGCCGCAGACGGCGGCAAGAAGAAACAGCAGCAGCAACAUCAACAACAACAACAACAACAACAACAACAACAACAACAACAACAACAACAACAACAACAACAACAACAACAACAACAACAACAACAACAACAGAAAAAGAAGGAGAGUGAGAAGCAAGCGACGAAGGAGGACGCCGCAGCACUUAAGCGCAAGCAGGAGGAGAAGAAGGCAACCGCUGCUGCUGAGGCGAAGUUGCAGGCUGCUGUUGACACUGGGGACAUUCCUCGCAUUGAGGCCGCUAUCAAGACGGCAUCUGCAGCCGGUAUUUCCUGUGCAUCCGCGUCAAAGGCGCUGCGUCGUCUUCAGCGCGCUGCUGCUCUUCGCGAGGAAAUCAACGCCGCUGUCGACGAGGAGGACAAGGAGAAGAUUUUUGACCUCCUGCGUCGUGUCAUCGAGUGCUCAAAGAGAAUAUCGUGUCUGGUGACGGCUGAGCUGACGGGUGCGCUGCAGCUGAUGGACGUGCUGCCCGAAGAUAUGCGCUCCGCCCUCGUCGACAUUGUCCCGCCAUCCCACGACCUGCCUGUGCUGCUGUCGCCAGCGGAGCGCGAGGCGUUAGCACGGAAACUGUCGAUCCAGGCGAGCGCGGCGCCAACGCCACCAUCAUCCACCGCAGCGUCAACGCGACGGUCAUCGACCAGCAACGCAGGGGCCACGAUCAAUGCCACAGCUGCGGUAGGGGGAGCGCACUCAACGUCAACAUCCAAUGCACCUGCCCGCCACAGCAACGGCCACGACAACAACGGGCUCGUUGGGGGCAGUAGUAACAGCAGCAGUGGCAGCAAUGGUGGUGGUAGUGGUGGCGGCGCUGUGUUUGCUAAUGGACAGCAGCAGCCUGCGAUUGGCGGCAUCAGCAGUGACAGCUGGCUCUCCGCCGUGGAAAACCCGGCGUUCCCCGUCUGCCUCGCACCAGAGUGCCAGACAGAGGCGACGGAGUUUCUCCAGUCGGACGACGAGGAAGAGUCGGCGCCGAUGGUGUUUGAGGAUCCCGUCGCGCUCCGCUCCUACGACGUCGCCCGCGCCCGCAUGAAGACAGUGUACCCGCUGGACUGCGUGGAUGUGCCGACGUCCAUCCGCCACGGCCUCCCCGUCGCGUCGUCGUCCGCAAACAGCAGCGGCGGCAGCGGCAAUAGUGGUGCCGGCAGCAAGAAGAAGGGCGGGGAUGAGGUGAGCAAGGCAGCGCGCUUGCUGGACGAUCUCAAUCUGUCCGAAUACAAGGCCCGCCUUCUCUCUCGCGGCGUCACACACGAAGCGCUGCUGACGCUGUCGCUGGCGGAGUUGAAGGCGGUUGGCCUGAGCAGCCCGGCCUCCCGCCAUCGUCUCAUGCAGUUCCGCAAGAAGAAGACGAGUGGCAAGGAAUUCCAGCAACGCCUGUUUGCACAGGGUAGCUGCGUGCUGUGCCAGGGUGUGGCGGAUGGCAAGUGCAUGCCUUGCGGUCACGUUGCCGUCUGCAUGCAGUGUAACAAGGCCUAUCUCAGCCAAACGUGCCCUGUGUGUCGCAAGAAUCUGAAGAGUGUUGUUCCUGUCAACCCAAGUGCUGCAGCAACAUCAUCGUAAUGGCUGUGUGCGUGUGUUUGUGUGUUCAUGUUUUGUUUUCGUACGAACCCCAAUGAACCAUCUCCGCCC